AUGUUCGACGUAGGCAGAGACCGCACUAACGAUUUGGGCCUAAAAGGCAUUUGGCUUCGUUUCGUCGAUAUGUUUUUCGAGGCCCGAACUCUGCUAAAUAAUCCGGAAAUGGUCAACAGACACACAACAGCAUACUACAGUCGGGAUCAGAUGAAAGUAUUGGGGCUCUACAUGAGUGCGGAUGAGGAGGGACAGCCCUUGAAGAGGGCGUGGCAUGUGUUCCUCUUUGUGCAGCUUUCCACCUUGUACUGCUCGAUGUUGUAUGGACUGCUGCAAUCUCUGGACGAUAUUGUCGGAAUGGGUCGUGAUCUCGCCUUCAUAAUUGGGAUGUUUUUCAUAUUAUUCAAGAUGGGUUUCUUCAGUCUGUAUGCGGAUGAUGUAGACGGGAUAAUAGAAGCCUUGGAGCAGAAUCAUCAAGCAGAGAUCAAAGGCCCGGCCACUGCCAUAAGUCGAGCGACUAAGCGCCGGCAUUUUCUAUUACUAAUCGGUUUGGAUUUUGUUUGGAUCACGGGCAUACUCAUCUUUGUCAUCCUGCUAAUAACCACGCCCCUCUGGGCCGACCAGAGUCUGCCGUUUCAUGUGGCAUUUCCGUUCGAGCUGCACGAUCCGUCCAAACAUCCGAUUGCACAUUUAAUCAUCUACAUAUCGCAGGCCUUCUGCAUUGCAUAUCUCCACAUUUGGCUGGUGGCCACUGAGGGCCUGUCGGUGUGCCUCUACGGCCAAGUGACGACUGCCCUGAGUGUCCUGUGUGUGGAGCUGCGACACCUCCGUUACCAUUAUGGGAAUGAGGAGAGCCUGCGAGGGCAGCUCACGCGUCUGAUUAAUAACCAUCAAAGCGUCAUUCUCAUUGUGGAUCGCUGCAAUCAGGUGUUCCACGGUCCACUCAUCAUGCAAAUGACAGUCAACUUUAUGCUCGUCUCAGUCUCCGUCUUUGAGGCUUUGAUGGCCAGACACGAUCCCAAGGUGGCAGCUGAGUUCAUGGUUCUAAUGAUUCUGGCCCUGGGCCACCUCUCACUGUGGUCAAAAUUCGGGGAUUUGAUGUCGCAGGAAUCGAUGGAAGUGGCCACAGCUGCCUAUGAGGCAUACGAUCCGAGUGUUGGUUCCAUUAGGAUACAUCAGGAUAUACGCUUUGUAAUUGCGCGUUCCCAACAUCCACUGAUCAUGAGAGCCAGUCCCUUUCCUGCAUUCAAUAUGAUCAACUACAUGGCUAUCCUCCACCAGUGCUAUGGCAUACUCACUCUCUUGUUGAAAACUUUGGAUUAG